CAGUCUCUCUCUCUCUCUCUCUCUCUGUCUCUGCGCUCAACAAAAGUAAUCGUUGAGCAGUGAUUCGGGGCUUUUGGUUGUAAUUCGAAACACAGUGAUCCCGAGAGCUUUAUUGCUGUUGGUGGGGGUUUCCCUCUCCCUCUCCCCCUCUCCCCCCCUCUCCCCCACCGCCACUUUGUCCUUCUUCCUCAAAACAAGUCUCAUCACAGAGUGGAUGUUAUUGUUGUCUCUGCGCUGCACUGGAGGAUCCCAUCCAUUCCCCCUCUCGCUCCCGACUGUGGUGGAACUUUUGUUCUGAGCUCUGGAGAGGAGUCGUCUGGACGCGAAGGGGCGAUCGUUGGCUUUUCAUGGGAACAGCAACCGACCCCCACGGCACGUAACCAGGACGCAACAGAUAGUUCGAUGUCACCGGGAGUGGGACAACUGUUUUCCCCCUUUGGAGAAAGUCAAGGCACAGAGCGAAGAGUGUGAAACAACUGCCAACCUCUUUCAGGGGAUUCAGUUCCGAAAAAGGAGCAGCUUCCGAGGCUGAUCAGCCAUGCCUUUCAGACUGAAACUGAGAAGGACCAGACGAUACAAUGUACUAAGCAAAAACUGCUUUGUGACCCGCAUCAGAUUGCUGGACAGCAAUGUCAUCGAGUGCACACUGUCCGUGGAGAGUACGGGUCAGGAAUGCUUGGAGGCUGUGGCUCAGCGCCUGGAGCUGCGAGAGACACAUUAUUUUGGCCUUUGGUUCCUGAGUAAGAAUCAACAGGGACGAUGGGUAGAGCUGGAAAAGGCUCUGAAGAAACAACUGGACAAAUUCGCCAAUGAGCCUCUCCUCUUCUUUGGAGUGAUGUUCUACGUCCCCACUGUUUCGAGACUCCAGCAAGAGGUCACAAGGUAUCAGUAUUACCUUCAGGUAAAGAAAGAUGUGCUGGAUCGACGGCUCCCUUGUAUGUUAGAGCAAAGCAUCAGGCUAGCUGGCUUAGCCGUACAAGCUGACUUUGGAGACUAUGGACAGUAUGAGUCACAAGAUUUCCUCAGGGAAUAUGUUUUGUUUCCAAUGGACUGGAUCCAAGAUCAACGAAUGCUGGAGGAAAUGACCCGAAAGGUGGCACUUCAGCACCAGGCUCACAGUGGGAUGCCACCUGCAAAGGCGGAGUUGCUGUACAUAAAGCAAGUGGAACAGCUCGAAGGCUUUGGACAGGAAAGCUUUCCUGCUAAGGAUAAUCUCGGAAGUGAUGUUUUUAUUGGUGUUUCCUUUGUGGGAAUCUUUGUAAAGCAUAGGGAUGGACGGCCAACUGUAACAUUCAGGUGGAACGACGUUGGAAAUAUCACACACAAUAAGUCUUCGAUUAAUGCAGAGUUAACAAACAAAGAAGAAACCGUUCCUUUUCACACUGAUGACAUGGAAAUGGCAAAAUAUAUCUCCAGAUUGUUCACUGCAAGACAUAAAUUUUAUAAACAGAAUAAAAUCGGCACUGAACCAAUGCAGUCAUGCUCCCCAACACCGAUCAGAAGACGACCCACAUGGAGCAGAUCAUCUCUGCCAAGGCAACAGUCGUUUAUAUUACCGCCAAUGCACAUCCAGUAUGGAGAACAUUACACUGAAACACAUACAUCACAAGAUAGUAUUUACCAUGGAAACGAAGAGGGCUUCUACUGCAGAUCUCAGACUAGCCUAGACAGAUGUCCAAUGGAUCUCAAUUACAUGAAUGGAACUGUGCCAAAUGGCAGUGUGUACAGUGCUCAUAGCAUGAACUCCUUGAAUCAUUCACAAAACUUCAUCCAGGCAUCUCCCAUGUCCUCUAACCUCAGCAUCCCUGGAAGUGACAUCAUGCGUGCAGAUUACAUCCCCAGCCACAGGCACAGUGCUAUCAUUGUGCCCUCCUAUAGGCCCACACCUGACUAUGAGACUGUAAUGAGGCAAAUGAAGCGAGGCAUCAUUCAUAUGGACGAUCAAAGCCAGUCAUUGAGAAACCUUAAUAUUGGGAACACCCAUGCAUACAACCAGCCGGAAGCUAUGGUUUACAGCCAGCCUGAGAUCAGGGAGCGGUGCCAGUACCCCUCUCACUACGGGUCAAAGCGCAGUUACAGCAAACCUGCUCCUGCUUCCACUCAACUGAAUGCCAGCAAUCCUGCAGCCAACAGGGCGGCAAAUAGCGCAAUCUCACACACUGUAAGCACACCCGAGCUUGCCAACAUGCAGUUGCAGGGCAAUCCCAACUACAGCACCACUCACAUGCUGCGGAACCACUUUUGUAGGCCGCCCCCUCCGUACCCCCGCCCGCGGCCUGCCACCAGCACCCCGGACCUUGCCAGCCAUCGCCACAAGUACGUCAGCGGCAGCAGCCCUGACCUGGUCAGCCGGAGGGUCCAGCUCUCGGUGAAGACAUUCCAGGAGGACAGCUCCCCCGUGGUGCACCAGUCCCUGCAGGAGGUCAGUGAGCCUCUCACAACGGCCAAGCAUCACGCGGCUGUCAACAAGCGCCACAGCCUGGAGGUGAUCAGCAAUAUGGUGCGUGGGAUGGAGGCCAUGACAUUGAAGAGCUUGUGUGCUUCGGUCCCCCAGCGCAGGAACACCAUGCGCGAUCAUCGGCGUCAGGAGGAGCAGGUCCACAAGGUCCAAGAGGUUCAGCAGCAGCCGGCGUAUCACCACAAGAAGACCCUGUCCGACGCGACCAUGCUGAUUCACAGCAGCGAGAGCGAGGAGGACGAGGACACCCCCGAUUAUGACGUUCAGAUACCGACGUUUAACGACAACAUGGACUAUAGUGCCCAGCUGCAGGCAGCAUUGGCAAAAAUACCAAACAAGCCGCCUCCUGAAUACCCAGGAAGCAAAAAGAGCAUGAGCAACGGGGCCCUGAGACAGGAGCAACCUAAAAUGAUGCCGUAUAUUGCCAGGGUCAAACUGCCAACGCCAGAGCUGGAUACCUUCUCUCGAAAUGAACAAAUAGCUCUUAAUGGGCCAUCGCUGGGGCCGUCCUUGUCCGAGCCUGACCUGACCAGCGUGAAAGAGCGAGUCAGAAAGGAGCCAGUCAAAGAGAGACCCGUGUCUGAACUCUUUUUUGUAGAAGACAGCAUCGUGGAAAGGGAGAUCCUUUUGAGGAAUUUAGAGAAGCAAAAACUGGCCACGGCAGAAGCACAGAAGUUUGGGCCACUGAAAUGGGCAGCACUCAACGGCCUUUCAAUGACGAGAGUCCCAGUGCCCGAGGACUGCCAGGAUGACACUUCAAAAAUACUGAUGGAUGAAAGGUGUAAAACCUUGGAGAUCAAGCUGGAGGAGGAUAUGGUGUUUACAGAGUAUGAACAGAUCCCAAAGAAGAUGCUAGAUGGGGUUUUCACCACAGCGACGCUUCCGGAGAACGCUGAGCGGAAUCGUUUCCGAGACGUUAUUCCUUACGAGGAGAACAGAGUGGAGCUGGUGCCAACCAAAGAAAAUAACACGGGCUACGUCAAUGCCUCUCACAUCAAGGUCACUGUUGCUGGAGAGGAAUGGCACUAUAUCGCCACACAGGGACCUCUGCCACAUACAUGCCAUGAUUUCUGGCAGAUGGUAUGGGAACAAGGAGUGAAUGUGAUUGCCAUGGUUACAGCAGAGGAGGAAGGCGGAAAACCAAAGAGCCACCGAUACUGGCCCAAACUGGGCUCCAAGCACAGCUCCGCCACUUACGGGAAGUUUAAGGUUACAACCAAGUUCCGCACAGAUUCCGGUUGCUAUGCCACUACAGGUUUAAAGGUCAAACAUCUUCUGUCGGGGCAGGAGAGGACGGUGUGGCACUUGCAGUACACGGACUGGCCAGACCAUGGCUCUCCGGACGACGUUCAGGGAUUUUUAUCUUAUCUGGAGGAGAUUCAGUCUGUCCGCCGACACACCAAUAGCAUGCUGGACUCCACCAAGAGCUGCACCCCACCAAUAGUUGUCCACUGCAGUGCGGGGGCUGGGAGAACUGGAGUGGUGAUUCUAACUGAAGUUAUGAUCGGCUGCUUGGAGCACAACGAGAAGCUGGAAGUACCGGUUAUGCUGGGAUUCCUACGACAACAGCGGAUGUUAAUGGUUCAGACAAUAGCCCAAUACAAGUUUGUCUACCAGGUCCUCAUUCAGUUCCUAAAGAACUCCCGCCUGAUUUAGUGUCCCCUUAGAAACCGUGUGUUUGAACCACACUAACGGUUAACAGUGGAAAUGGAGUUAGCUGCUUUUAUUUAUAUAUAUAUAUCUAUAUAUAAAACAAUGCAGCUUAGCACAGCAGGUAUUCUGUGAUGUGAUACUUUGACUUCUGCAACUCCCCUCGACUCUGUUUUGAGUCUUGUUGAUAUUAAUUUAUAAGAAGGAAGCCACAAGCCUGACACAGAGAAUAUUGGCUUAAAGUAGCGAUAAGGAGCAUUGUGUUUGGCUUUGUAUCAGAGAGUGGCUUUUCUUUCACAGUUACUAAGCUUUGGAUCACAGUGACAGGUUUAUUGCAACAAAGUAAAAUGGAGCAUCGUAACUUUGGAAAUGUGGAGAGAAGAUUAAUGACCAAGUAUGUUCAGAAUGCGUGGCUCUCACCUCACCAGCACCACAGGAAAUGCAAAAAAACACACCUUUAAGGUUGUUCCGUUCACAUCAUCAGAUGACACAAUGAGACCAUAUUAACAAUUAGAAUUCAUCACAAAGCUAUUUAUGGAAAUGACACGAUUUCCGUUCCAUUAGGCCAGGAAUGCACGUCUGUAUCAGCAGAGAUGAGUUGAGCUGAGCCCUAAAGCAGUGUUACUCACGUGUGCUAACACAUUCCUCUUUUGACCUUCUGCGCAGAUUACCUUUAUGCUAAACAAGAAUGAGGAGGUUUACCUUUAAUCCUUUAAACGCUCUUCUCCUUCAGGAACUCGCCCAUAUUUCUGUACUUUAGGUUAAUUUAUACAGGACACUACGUCUAAAAAGGGGAGGCAAGUAAAGCUUCUCCUGUAUCUAUUGGGCCCAAUAUCAACACUUGCUUUCAGCGAAGUAGAAAGCAAUGGGUAUCUAUCUCUAUCAUUUCUAUAUGAGGAAUCAGUGCGAUAGAAUAGAGUGCUAUAUUAGGAACUCUUCAGUCACAGGAGAAUUUUAGUGGAGUAUUUGGGGAUGAGGACUAAGGCACCGAGAGGGAGUUCUGUAGAGAAACAAUCUGUAAAAAUGUUCCACCAGGUCAAGAUUUAUUCUAUUAAUGCAAUGUUUUAGAGCACCAAGAAUCUGAUGCUGGUUGGCUUCUGUGGUUCCCUCGACAGUGAGUUCACGAGCUUGGCCAUACGCCGCUGGGGAGGAAUGGGAUGAAGGCUGCGAUCCAGGACAUUGCGCGCUUACAAAGGGGAAAAAUCCCAUUCUAAAUGCAAAAUUGUCAAAUUCGCUACAUUUAACGGCAAAAAGCAUUUCUCAUCUUCAACUUAUGGAUAAUACAAAUGGCUCAUUGUGUAACAUCAAAAGCCAGAGCUACUCUGGCUAUUCACUAACUUCAGCUGCAGUAAAAUAUUGCCGCAGACUCUGUGGCAGGAUAGGACUUGCUCAAACAUCAUAAUACUCGACCUUGGUAAGCGCGGCAGUUAACCAAUCAACCUGUUAAUUUUUUAUAAACCUGUUCAAAGCGUUUUUAGCACACUUUACUUUCUGAGAAACCCUUUGUUCCUCACAGUUUUCUUUCUUUCUGAUCAUCCGAGUUAAACAACAAUUAACUGGCAAGUGAGUCAAAUGUUCCGUUCAAUUCUGACCCACUGCUCUUUUAGGAAACGACACUGAAGCGAGAAUAAUCUCAGUCGUUAACAACUUCAACUUGGCCCUCGAAGAAGGGCUAAACCUUUUCUAACUUGGUCAUUCCAAAGAGGCUGAUCCAACUUGUGACAACUCUUGGAGCAGAUAACAACGCAAGAGGAAAAUAUUUAAAAGUGGAAAAUAAUUGCCUCCAGCUUCCCCUUCCUAUUUAUCAACUUGUGUCAUGUCCUCUGUCCUAUUUCUCCUUUGCUGGAAAAGCAUUGAAUUAACCCGUUGAAAACUGGGAUGUUCUCCAUCCUUUCCUUCAUGUACUAUCAGCACAAAUAACUCCCAGUAGGCAGGACACGUUAUAAAGUAGGUUUUAGAAAAAUGCUUUGCAAAGUUGAGCAGUUUAUUCAAAGGGGCUUUUUAAAUACUAUAUUCUUAGGCUGAUGAGUAAAUGCUGCACUGGACUUUGAAGGGUUAAUGAAACUGCCAGUGACUGAGGGGUUUUUUUUUGGUGGGGGGGGGAGGAGGGGCAGAGAAUGGACAAACCUGUCAAAGAAACUCUUUGCGGUACGUGCGAUUGGAAAGUUGUGCAAUUACAUCUUUAGAAUCUAAUUCCAUUGUUUUUGUAAGAAGCCUCACUCCUCUCGGCUUUACUGGGCGCUUGCACAUCACUGCCCUUACGUUCGACUCGGCACAUUCCACCCACCCGGCAGAAAGUGGGGGCCACGGUGCAAUCUCUCAUUGUUUUCUUGUGCAAACCUUUUUUUAACAGCAGUAUUAUUAUUCAAAAUGUUUUGCGUUUGCAUCAAGUGUCGGGGAGAAGUGGGGGUUUGCAAGAGGUUGACGCUGAUGACAUUGUGACAUUUUUGUGGACGUUUAAGGUAUAAUCUACUUGGUUAACGGUGUGUAUUAAAGGCCAAAGGUUCCCUGGAAAUGUUCGGGUUGCAACUCCUAUCUCCCAGGCCUAACGUCCCUGCUCAUAAAACAGUCAAGUUUCCCAAUUGCUGAGUCUUUUACGGUGUUGUUUCACAAACUUGACGAAAAGCAGGCAAUUCAUUUCAUAAAAAAUAAAUCGGCUUAGAUAAUGCUUCUCUGUUCUCAAAUUGACUAAAAGAAAAAAAUGAUCAGCACAGUUGAUUCCUCCUGUCAGCAAUGGAACCAGCUUCCCACAAAAUUGUAUUGGAUUUCGUUCACAUUAUUGAAGAGACCUAAUUUUUUCGGGUGGGAAGGAAAGUAGAAAAGGCAUCAUUUUGAUUGGAAAAUAAGUCAGGUUUAAGUGUGGGGUUUAGGUGCUUGGAACAACACUCCAAAGGAGGCAGGUCGAAAACCGCAAUUCUGUUCUCAUCACAAUUUCUGUUCGUAAUUGAAGUUUAGAUACUUUAACCUGAUAAUUAUACUCUAAUCUUCCCAGAAUUGGUCAAUGGCAAAAGCAGAAAAUUCGCUGGCUUGUCUUACAGAGAUUGAUCUUGGAACACAUCAAUUAUGUGAACUGGGUGUUUUAAAAAAAAGCUUCACUUAUCUGGAAUCCGCAACAAAGUCAUUGAAUUAAUGAGUGUUGUGGCGUUGGCAUAAAACAUGCUGGGAUUUUCAGAUUCUGGUCACUUAACUGAAACAAUCACUCAGAUGGAAUCGACUUGGGAGCUGUAUAUAUAGCCAGUGAGCAAAGGUGUGUUUUAUAGGAAACAAAUGUAUUAACUCUCAAACCUUUGUCCGAAAUGAUCAUUACAUUAAUUAAGCCAUGUAACUGUGAUCGGUUUGAACACAAAGAAUGGCUUCCCCCACUGCAAAAAAAAUAGUUUGCAGGAAAAGUACAAUACAGCAGUGAGGGCGGAAUGCCUAGUUAGUAAAUUUAUUCUGAAUUCGUACAGAAAUCAUUUUAAAAGUAUUGUUCUUUGAAGGGUUCAGAAGAUUGGAGGGUAAUAUGUGAAGAGAAAGUAGCAGAGGAUAAGAAAUAUAGACACAUCAUGAGAGAUGCCAGGCAUCUGAACUUCCUUCACUGGGGUCUAUGGUAGAACAAUCGCAAAAGGUAGUGAUUGUUUCAUUGCGUCUUUACAAUGGGAAAUCCUGUUAGAAAGACAAAACAAAAGGAUUGUUGCUCUUUGCAGUUGGUCAAAACCUAGAUGUAGAUGUGUACUUAAGCUUAUGUAAAAUGUACUGUGUAGGAUAUUAACCAACCCUGAAGUCUGCUUUCUGCUCGUCCUACUUUAUGUUCACGGUUAACAUUCUGAAUGAAAUGCCCAUAAAAAAUAGGUGCAGUAUCCUGUACAAUCUUUUUUCUGUUCCCCCCCCCAAAAGUGAAACAAUUACCAGUAAUUUGCCUACAAAAGUACACAGUCGUUAUACUUUGCAAUAAAUUCCAUGAAGUGCUUUGAGAUGUGAAAAGCAUUAUAUCAAAUGCAAAGACUUAUUAUUAACAGAUUAAAAAUCAUUGUUCAUUAAGACCGAGCAGCUAGAUGGUAAAAGUGCUGUUGUGAGCACUUUUGUGCAUCAAUAACUGAACGGUAAAGGGCAGUGAACCUGAGGGAAUUGGCAGGCCUGUAACAUGCAGGAAUCCACAAGUCUAUUGUACAGAUGCUCCUCUGGUCACAGCGUAACUUUUUCGACAGUCGUUUAACCAUGUAAUUUGGACAACGUGCUGUGAUCUUGCAAGACCUUUUUCACUGUCUAAUGCUAUGAUUGAUCGUAAUUGUCUAUUUAUAUAAUUUAACAGGUUGGGAGAAAACCCCAAUCCUAGUGUGUGCUUUUUUUUAAAUCCUAGCUGUGUCAGUAACUCAGUAUUUGUAAAAUAAGAUAUUGCCAAGGUCAGGAAUUGUUGGGUCUCAUCUGGGCUGUCCAGUAAUGUUCUUUGUUGAGUGAUUGCCAAAUGGUUCACCAUACCUUUUUUUUGUAAUUCCUGUCCUUACAUUUAUACUUAAUGAGGAUCUAACUGACAGGGUUUCUUCACUAGAAUCCUGCAGGUUAAUAUGAUUUAGUCCCUGUGACUGGAAGUAAUCUCCAUUUGUAAAUCAGAGUUUCCUCUUAACAAAUGCAAUAAAUUGGAUCCCAUUGUUUGGAAAUAUUGAAUGUCUGGUUGGUGACCAAGGUGCGAUAUUUAACUUUGAUCUGACUGUGGAUUCUAGAUUGGUUAAGAUCCCACAACCGAGAUCUACCAUUGUGUUUUCCUUUCUAUUAACAAUGCUUUGAAUGUACCCGCGUUUAUGUAUAAAUGUAUUUAUCACUAAGUCUGAGUUACAACCGGAAUUGUAUUAAAUUGUGCAUUUUGACCAAGCAUUGAUGGGUCAAAUUGUAGGAUAUUUUGCGGCACAUUUAAACCGUUGGCCUGAAAUGUUGUCUAGUCAACUUGUAAAACCUCAUAGUCUUAGCAUUUAAGUUCAUAUAGCUUUACGGAAAAUUCAUGGAUUGUCUCAAUUUGGAAGCUGGCUCUUUUUGGAAGCAUUGUAAAACUGCCUUCUAAAUUGAGACUGAAUUUAGGAAUAUUCUACAAUUCUGUGAGAUCUUAAAUUUUAAUUUGGUCUUAGAGGCUAAGACCAGGUGGAAUUGUGGAUGUUAGCACUACACAAGUAACUAGAUACCACAGACUAAAUAUUUGGAUUACAUCUAUUCAAAUAUGGAGAUGGAUAGGGGAAAUUCCAAAGUCCAUUACGAAACAAAACUUUUAUAGCUAGGGACAGAUUCACACUGCUUUAUUUUUAGGAAGCAUUGAUUUGGAACAAUUCUGAUUCUGAUUGCAAUGUGGAUAAAGCAACAGUUAUCACAUGUGAUUUAUUUUAUGUUCCUCAUUGCUCCAAAUGAAUGAAUGGCAGAGGGAGGUGUGUUUAUGCAGUGGUGCCAACUCUAGUCUGCUUUAACAACUGCAAUUGAGCCCAUUCUCAAUUGCUGAAUGAGACUGAGUGCAUCAUUGACUGAAUAGAAUUGGGAGCAUCAUUGAUUGUUUGAAUGGGCCAAAUUCAAUAGAUUAGAUAUGUGCUGAAUCCAAUUUGCCAAAAAAUGACCCACUCUUAAAUACUGUAUAGGUUAUCUUUUGGGGGGAAAAGUACAUCCUAUAGUGCACCCUGUACACAUCAGGCUUCAGAGUAAAGAAAUAUGGAAUAUUGUCUUUGAUGGUCCAGAUGUUUUAGUUCAUUGCAGAGCUGAUUGAACCAGUUGAGUUGUGCCUUCAUGAUAGAACCAAUUGUUCUCUGCCCCUUAUAGUGGUUUCUUUGUUGGGAGUUUUAAAAAAUGACUGCCCAGAGCACUCAAAUAUUGUGCUCUUAUCACAGUAACAUAGUGUUUUGUUCCAUUUAUAACUUUAUUUUCAAAAAAGUGCCUUGACAAAUCUAUUGAAAGGUCUAAAUAUUAUUCUGGGCUAGCAAAUUAGCUGCCACAUCGCCUACAUAAAAGUUCACUUCAUUUCAAACGAUUCUCCUUUAGUAAGGUGUCUCAAGGGGGACAUUGUUGGAGCUGUAAACGUUUUUUUAUUAUAUAUAACGUAGGGUAAACUUCAGAACCACGCAUUAGGUAAACGUUAAAGUUUAUUUAGUUUUCAUUUAUGAUCUCUUUUGUGGGUGUGUAAGUGCCUUACAAAAAAGUUAUCACUUAUUUGUGGUGAGCUGCAGACUCCACUAAGUGUCUGGAGCUUCUGUACGCUUGCCGUAUGGUACUGGUAGUGGAUUAAAUUGGUGCUUGCACCUGUUCAAAAUGGUGUGGCCAUGUCACAUUGAAAUGAACAGGAAAAACAAGAAGGGUCUUCCCCACUUCUAGCCGCACACUGCCUUGUAGUUUCAAAUUCAUAUGAAGCACAAUACUUCCUGGAGAACAUUGAAACCCCUGCGCCCCCCCCAUGACCUGACCUUUCAGUUGCACUCUCUCAGGUUACUGGAGUUGACAAGAGCUCUUUGUAAUAGGUAAAGUGGUAAUGCAUGAACCCAUCCUGUAUUGAUUACUAAUACCAAUGUGUUUGAAUGCAUGCUCAGGUUAGCUAAAGAUAGUGUGUCUGCGACGUAAGGCAAACUGGUCCAAUCAUGGUUUAGGUCUUCUUUCUCACCUGUGUGCUUUGAUUGUACCAUUGAGGUAUUUCUCCACCACAUAUUGUAGUAUAUGUUAGGAGUUCUGACUGUUCAGGAUGUCUGAUGGAGAUCAAGUGAGGAGGUAUUGUUAUUGUUAAAGAAAGCACAACUACUGCACAUCAGUUGGUGCUUUUCCUUCCUUCCCUGCAAAGUUGGUCUAAAAUUUUAACAAACCACAAGUGUGUGUUGUACUAACUCAGUGAAACAGUUUGGCUCCUCAAAACAAUAUACAUACUUGGCAUAAUGUUGCAAUGGGAAGCUAUGUACCUGGGUAGAUAAGUCCUUAGACAAGACCAAUGUAUUUGCCUUUUAACAGAAUUAAAUAGUUUGAAAAGAGUUCUGGUUGGUCAAAGGCUUACUAUGUUCUGUAAGUCCUUUCCAUUAAAAACAAGCUAUGCAUACUUUUUAAUCCAAUGGUUGAGAUCACUGUAAAUAUUUCUGUAAAAGCUUUUCUUGCCAGUUUUCCAGUAUAAAACUGAUAAUGACAGUAUUUUGCACUGUACUUUGCUGCCUUUAUUUCCUUGUAUAGAUACCAUUCACCAUUGCUUCUCAUAACUGGUCAGAACAAGCUUACAAAGUUUUUCAUUGCGUCUUCUAUGUAAAUUAUUUUGUAUAUGCUUCUCCCCUUUAUUCGUGAAUGUACCAAACAUUUUGUAAAAGAUAAUUGUGUCUAGCUUUCAUAUCUUAAGUAUGCAAUAAAACAUUUUUUUCCAAAA